AUGGAGAUCGCCCUGGUGCCCCUGGAGAACGGCGGUGCCAUGACCGUCAGAGGAGGAGCCGAGGCCCGGGCAGGCUGCAGCCAGGCCACAGAAGGGGAGCGCCGGUGUCCCCCGACGGCUGGCAUCAGCGAUGGGCCCAAAGAGCCGGCGCCAAGGGGGCGCGGCUCGCAGAGGGGCGCGGACCCGGGGGGGCGGCCUUUGCCACCGCUGCCGCAGGAGCUGCCGCCGCCGCCACGACGGCCGCCCCCGGACGACGAGGAGGCAGAAGGCGACCCCAGCGUGGGCAUGGCGGGGGAGCGGGCGCCGGGCGCGGGGACCCUUCACCACCAGCGCGUCCUCCUCAACAUCUCCGGGCUGCGCUUCGAGACGCAGCUGCGCACCCUGGCGCUGUUCCCCGACACGCUGCUGGGGGACCCGGCCAAGCGCCUGCGCUUCUUCGACCCCCUGCGGAACGAGUACUUCUUCGACCGCCACCGGCCCAGCUUCGACGCCAUCCUGUACUACUACCAGUCGGGGGGCCGCCUGCGCAGGCCGGUCAGCGUGCCCCUGGACGUGUUCCUGGACGAGAUCCGCUUCUACCAGCUGGGCGACGAGGCCCUGGCGCGCUUCCGCGAGGACGAGGGCUGCCUCGGAGACGAGCAGAAGCCGCUGCCGCGCAGCCAGUUCCAGCGCCAGGUGUGGCUCAUCUUCGAGUACCCCGAGAGCUCGGGGCCCGCGCGGGCCGUCGCCAUCGUCUCGGUCCUGGUCAUCCUCAUCUCCAUCGUCACCUUCUGCCUGGAGACCCUGCCCGAGUUCAGGGAUGAGCGCGAGCUGCUCCGCCACCCCCUGGUGCCCCACCAGCCGCCUGCGCCCGCCCCGGCCAACGGCAGCGGGGCCGUGGCGCCCCCCUCCGGCCCGACGGUGGCACCGCUCCUGCCUAGGACGCUGGCCGACCCCUUCUUCAUCGUGGAGACCACGUGCGUCGUCUGGUUCACCUUCGAGCUGCUCGUGCGCUUCUUCGCCUGCCCCAGCAAGGCAGAGUUCUCUCGGAACAUCAUGAACAUUAUCGAUGUCGUGGCCAUCUUCCCCUACUUCAUCACCUUGGGCACCGAGCUGGCGGAGCAGCAGCCUGGGGGUGCAGGAGGGGGCGGCCAGAACGGGCAGCAGGCCAUGUCCCUGGCCAUCCUCAGAGUGAUCCGCCUGGUCCGGGUGUUCCGCAUCUUCAAGCUCUCCCGCCACUCUAAGGGGCUGCAGAUCCUGGGCAAGACCUUGCAGGCCUCCAUGCGGGAGCUGGGGCUGCUCAUCUUCUUCCUCUUCCUCGGAGUCAUCCUCUUCUCCAGCGCCGUCUACUUCGCAGAGGCUGACAACCAGGGGACCCACUUCUCCAGCAUCCCGGAUGCCUUCUGGUGGGCUGUGGUCACCAUGACCACUGUGGGCUAUGGAGACAUGAGGCCCAUCACUGUGGGGGGCAAGAUCGUAGGCUCGCUGUGUGCCAUCGCUGGGGUCCUCACCAUUGCCCUGCCUGUGCCCGUCAUCGUCUCCAACUUCAACUACUUCUACCACCGGGAGACGGAGCAGGAGGAGCAGGCAGCCCUUAAGGAGGAGCAUGGCAGCCAGAACCAGGGGACAGGGCUGGACGGAGGAGGCCAGCGGAAGGCCAGCUGCAGGAAGGGCUCCUUCUGCAAGGCUGGGGGGUCCCUGGAGAAUUCAGACAGUGCCCGAAGGGGUAGCUGCCCCAUAGAAAAGUGUAACCUCAAGGCCAAGAGCAAUGUGGACUUGCGGAGGUCCCUGUAUGCCCUCUGCCUGGACAGCAGCCGGGAAACAGAUCUGUAA